UAAUUUCGAUGGAAAAGGGAAAAAAAUAGUCAGAAUUUGCGGUCUUUUAGCGCAUUCUGUUCUUUUAAACUGCUGUCAUGGAUAGGUGACGAUGACCUGUUGUGUUCUGUGUGAUCAGAGGCAUGUCUAGCUCUAGCAAGAGGGAAGAAAGUGAGGAAAAACUUCUGCAGUCCUCGCGUCGCGGAGACUUGGACACUGUGCUUAGUUUAUUACAAGCUAAGUCACCAAAGAAUGGUUCCCGCUCAACUGUUGAUGUAAACUGCAAAGGGAGAUCUAAAGCCAACCAAGGAUGGACCCCUCUUCAUCUCGCAGCUUACUUUGGCCACAGUAGUGUUGUGAAAGCCCUGUUAGAGAAUGGAGCUGAUGUAAAUGCCAGGAAUGGAAUGGGAGAUACGCCUUUACACCGUGCUGCUUUUACUGGAAGAGCUGAUGUAGUGACAUUGCUGAUUCAGUACAAUGCUGAUGUGACGAUCAUCAAUGGAGAAGGGCGCAAACCAAGCCAAGUUACCAACAGCACAGAAGUAAAACAACUUAUAAAAGCCGCCGAAAGGAGUCUUCAACUUAAGUUAGAAGAACGUUUGCUGACAGCUGCAAGAGACGGUGACACGUCUGAGUUAAAGAAAUUGAUCGACAAUACUCACCCUCCUAAUAUCAACUGCCAAGACAUGAUGGGAAACACUCCAUUACACUGUGCCGCAUACAGGGGACACAAAGUGAUUGCAGUGACACUUUUACAGCAUGGGGCAGACACAACCAUUAAGAACAGCAAUGGUCAGAUUGCCUUGGAGUUAGCUUGUAGCAAGAAAAUGAAACAGCUCUUAGAUGUUCAACCAUUACAGAAACUUCACAGGAUUGUUUCAAGACAUGAAGGUGCUCUACUUAAGCGUUCAAGAUUCUUUGGGUGGAAAAAGUUUUGGGUUGUCCUAGAGAGAGGUGUUCUUAGCUACUUCAAUAAGAGGGCUGAUGCUGCAGCCAGUAUUAAGAGACAAGGAUAUAAAUACUUGGACCGCUGUAAAUUUUCCGUGCCUAAAGAUGAGAAACAUAAAAUUAAAAUCCAGUAUUCAGACAAUACAGUUCAGAUCUGGAGCAUUCCAACCAGUGAAAGAGUUCCACAGGUUCAGCGCCAGCGAUGGUUGAAUUCCCUCCAUGAACACUGCGCCUACAGUACAUUCUACACAACUCAACCAACGUUACUGAUCGAUGAACAAGAACAGGAUGUUGUACCGCUUGGAAACAUGCAAGACUCUCUCAAGAGUGCUCGCGCCCACCAACAGCUACUUGACCAGCAAGUGUCUGGAGUCAACAGUACAAUUGCAGACGCCACCAGCUCCAAUACGUCACAGUCCAAUGUCAAAGGAAGUUUAUUGAGGAUCAGCGAGAAACUCAACGAAGUGGUCGCGACAGCUCGGAACAUGUGUAACGCUCUCACACACUGCUUAGAUUUGCUGGCGCAACAGGAGGAGGUGCGCCAUCUUAGAUUUGAAGAAGAAGUUGAGAAGAGAAGAGUUCUUGAAGAUGCUCUGCACGUUCUGGCGACGGAACAUCAUGCUCUGGAGUGCUCAAUUGGAGCUCAUGAGCUCAUUCAUGGAAGUCGCAUGACAUUGACGAGCGAUUGCAACGAGGAAUUUUUCGACGCAAGAUCCGAUAUUGGAUGUGCGCUCCCUGACGAUCUGCUCUCGGAUGACGACAGUGAUGAUGGCGACGAGUAUGUGCCGAGUGUAGCGACGCCUGAACCGAGAGGCGAACCAAAUCACCUUCAGACACUCGUUGAAACCAGUAGCAGCAGUAGUAGCGAUAAUAUAAAGCGAUCCAGCUCGGGAGGAAAGCUGGGAAGUUUUAACAGACUUUCGUUAACGCGAAGCACGUCAGAUACAGAUCUUACCGCGAAAUCUAACAGUAGGAAUUUUUUGGACUGCGACAGUUUACAGAAGUCAAAGUCGGCCUCCAGUGAUAUGGAGCAAAGUACAGCGUUAUAUAGGAAACAGGAAGCUGAGAAACAAGCAAAAGCGAAAGGACGCUACAGAACAGCUCUCCCUGUAUCUAUGCUUUCAAGAAAUGAGUUCAGUGUCUGGGCGGUGCUGAGACAGUGUAUUGGAAAGGAUUUGUCAAGAAUUACAAUGCCAGUUAUCUUCAAUGAACCACUGACGUUUUUGCAACGUGUCGCGGAGUACAUGGAAUAUGUUCACUUACUUCACACGGCGGCCAGUUUAGAUGACCAACUACAACGAAUGCAGUAUGUGUGUGCAUUCGCGAUAUCAGCUACAGCGUCGAAUCUGGACAGAGUAGGCAAACCUUUUAAUCCGCUUCUAGGAGAAACAUAUGAACUGGUUCGAGAGGACCUGGGCUUCAAGCUAAUAGCAGAACAGGUCAGUCACCACCCGCCUGUGAGCGCUGUACAGGUUGUAGGGGAAGGCUUUGUGUUUCACGUUACAGUUCAACCCAAGCUCAAGUUUUGGGGCAAAGGAGUUGAAGUUCAACCUAAAGGAAUGGUCACGCUGAAGUUAACGAAGUACAACGAAGUUUACACGUGGAACAACGUCAACAGCUGCGUCCAUAACAUAAUCGUAGGACAGCUCUGGAUUGAACAGUAUGGUCAAAUAGAAAUAACUAAUCACACAAAUGGGGAUUAUAGCGUGAUUCACUUUAAACCUGGCGGCUGGUUUGGUAAAGAACUCAAUAAAGUUGAAGGCUCCAUCUUCUCUGCCGACAAAAGAAAACGUUUCUUAUUGCGGGGAGACUGGACAGACUCGAUCCAGUGCUUCACGGUCGACAAAUUCACCAGGAAGGAAUCCAAGAAGGAGGGCAAGCGGCGCCGUUCAGACGUGAGUGAGAACAGCUUUGCGUCCGCUAAUUCCCUGGAGAGUUUCAGCAGCGGCAGCAGCGGCGGCAGUGUUAGUGUGGACACGUCGACACCUAAGACUCUCUGGAGUUUUCAAGAACGACCUGCUAAUAGUAAACAGAUGUAUAAUUUCACUACAUACGCGAUGCAAUUGAAUGAACUUCACGAAGAUCAAAAGUCCACGUUACCGCCAACAGAUUCAAGGCUGAGACCAGAUUGUAGAGCCCUUGAAAACGGCGACUUAGACACAGCUACUAGGGAGAAAAUAAGACUUGAAGAAAAACAAAGAUCAGCGAGAAGAGAACGACAGAAGAAUGAGCGCUGGAUUCCCAGAUGGUUCAAAGAAGACAUCAAUCCGUACACAGGGCAGAUUGACUGGCUGUUCACAGGAACCUACUGGAAUAGAGACUGGAAAAUGUGCCCAGAUAUCUUUUAACUUUCCUCUUAGUUCAUAACAAAAUUACAAUUCCUAUCCAGUCCGUCGGGGUUUUUGAAGAAUCGUCAUGAAACGGGAGCGGAGUCGCUUGAAAUUCGCAGGCAACGUGACUACUCGCGCGAUUCGCGCGUGAUGUCAUUCUCGCGAGUCGUGUUCGUCUCGCGUUCUACCGAUUUCAGUCGGGGAGGGCGCUUUUUUUCUUUAGUAAAUAAUACCUCGUGCUGAUAAGCAAUUAUUGAAGUCGUUGAAAUAGCGAUUUGGCAGUUUAUCAACAAUCUCUGCUGUUUGUUGGAUCAUACAAAAUUAUCGUGUUUUCUAUUCAAAAUAAAGCGAGGCAAAAUUUAUUGCAGAAAAAUAUCAUAGCUUAUGUAGAAAAGUCAGAUUUUGGCGGAUAAUUCUAACGCCAUUGACACUCGGUAAUUUUGUGGCAAAUUUUGUCACCUCAGGAUAAUCACUUUGCAAGUAAUUACAAAUUGCUAAUAAGUAAUGCCUUCCACGGCAGACUCUUGGUUAUUCAGUUACGGCACCGCAAAUUUCUACCAAAAGAACGUACCGAACAAGAAUGGCCAUUUUAUUUUUGUAACAGAUUGUUAACUCACAAUUGCAUUCGAAAAGUGCUCGAAGGAGUUUGAAAUAGUAAGGAUUUCGUGUUACUCCGUGCAGCCCGACAACAGCCAACAGUGACGCAAGGGGCCUGGAUCGAAAUUUACCUCGAUCUCGUGCUCACCGGUGAAUUAAGUCAGAAAUUUUCUAAGUUUAUCUUCAGAGUAAUCUGUCUCAAUCCUCCCCAAUAUUUCCCUUCGUUGUUCUUGUUUUAUUUAUUAUAACCUCUUUGGUGUUUAUCUACCUUACUAUUCCAUUAUUUUUUGGAAGGCCCUCUUUCAAUUUAACUUAUCUAAUGCGUUUUUUUUGGCACAAUGGCAAAGCUAAAAGAAACGUUCAUUUUCGAAGCCCAUAGAUCACUUGAUCCAACGGAAAUUGGUUAUGUAAUAUUGGGUAUUUUGUACCUAAUUUCUUCCCCUAAGAUCUCCUUUUAUCUGACGGCGCAGACAAUGCGGACGCUAGUUUAAGAAUAUGCGUAGUAAUUAAAAGAGGACUCGUGACGUCACCGUUGCCGUUGCUGUGGUUGGACUCGAUAGAGUUUCAUGUAGUUGAAUUAAGAAUGAGCAAAGUUUAAUUUGGAGUAUUUAUUUGGUGUAAUAACGGUAUUGAAAAGCGGAGGGAAAUUGUUCCAGUUUGUCAGGGGAGCUCUGACGUAGCCUGUGUACCUCUUCUCACUCCCCUCAUAACAAAAUCUUGAAGAACAAGAUUUCCUAAAUGGGUUUGAUUUAUUGCGGGGUGUGAACAUGGAAUACUAAAAAACUGGUGGGUGUGUUUUCAAACUUUGAUAUUGAACAAUAAUUUGAUAAAAACAAGAGGAUAGGGUUUAAUGACAGCUGGAAUAAUAAGGUUAAAUUUCUUGGAGCUAACAGAAUAAAAUUUGUGGUUUUCUGCGGUACAAAAUUUUUCAUGAGCGCCUUCUUGCGUAGCUUCGUUCCAUACGAAGACUGCCGACGGCCUCCCGAGGAAUUACGACCCUUUCUUGAUCAAAUCGAGCUGCAGAGUGAAAUAAGUAUAAAUUUUAUUUCCUAAUUCUGUUGGUGCCUUUGGGUCGCUUUACCGCUUUCGAAUGAAGUAGACUUGUCAUAAAUAGUGAUUAUUUAGUGGCUAGUUUGUGGGUGUGCUUAGGGUAGUGUAUAGCAUAAACAAGUGCUAUUUCAGGCGUAUUGUUUCUGUUGGGUGCAGAACCUUCUGUUGGAGGUGGGGUAGGGUUGAAUGAUGAAGGAUGAAUUGAGUUACAAGUUGUUGUCAACACUUCCAAAUAGAACAUGUUCGUAUUCUCGGCAUUGGACUGGCACUAGCUUGCAGUAGAGGCUCAUGUGGGGGAAUAUCGUUAAAAAGAGAUCAAUAUCAUUCCCCGCAUUAGCCUCAGUUGCAAGCUAGUUCCAGUCCACCACCGGGAAUACUAAUAUGGCCUAUUGUUUUCAAGUUCUUGGAAAAAGAUCAAGAAGCUAAAGGGAGGCUGGAGACAGUAAAAGAGCACGGCUUGGGGAGAGUAUGCGCAAGAGCGCCAGGGAGGGGUAGGUGAGGGAAUCGUUCUGAAAGUGGUUCCUUUAAACGCAUAUAUUUGUGCUAGUGCAUUCCGAAGCUUGUUCACAGUGAAGUGGUGAAAACCUCUUGCAAUAGCUCUGCAAUGAGGGAAUAAAAUAAUUAUUUAAUUGUAAAAGUCCUUGAUUUGUGUAAUAAUACUUACUGGCUCUCUCUUUAAUUCAUUUUUCAUGUUUUUAGGCAAGGCUGCUUUUGAUUUCUUUUUUUCUUUUCUGCAUCGUCAAUUAGAGAUUAUUUACGUUUUGACAGUGGUGAAAGAAGAAAAAAAGACGCUUUAUGGAAUUUGAACUUGAUAGGAAAGUGCACAGCUGGAAAUGUCCCUUGAAAGAUUCCUUUACAAUAUCUGCCUGCUGUAUUUAAUGAACUCAAGAUUGUGCAGGGAGCAGGGUAACAAUAGGGAAACGAAUCUGGCAAUAAAUUACGUGAUACUGCAUUUUUAAA